CGCUCAGGACUUCGCACAAUCCGUAACACAUCAAAAUACAACAAUCAUCAACUCUACACUCGUCCCUGCGGACUCUGCAGCUGGAAACAAUUACACUUUCUGCAAGGUAUUUGGACAAGUUGCUUACGCAGGGAAUGAUACGUUGAACUUUCAGCUUUAUCUUCCUGAGGCUGAGAUGUGGAGUGGGAGGUUUAUGGCUGUUGGUUAGUAUUUGUUUAACUGUGGGCCGGGUGGAGGGUGAAGAGGACUAAUGGGGACUUAGGGAAUGGUGGGAUGGCGGGGAUGAUUGAUACGGUGAAUAUGAUUAAGCAGUUGAAUUUGGGGUUUGCUGUUGCUGGAGGCGAUUCAGGACAUCUCGCUGCUGAGAACAACGACGGAAGCGGUGCUCCUGGGGUUUACCUCCCAUACAUGCACUCCCAACCACAACUCACGACCUGGAUCCACAACGCAAUCUCAACAUUCACACCUCCAGCCCGCUCCCUUGUUUCAUCCUACUAUGGAAAAGCAGCACGUUAUAGCUACUACAACGGCUGCUCAACGGGCGGAGCUCAAGGAUUCGCAUUAGCACAAUUCUAUCCUGAAUUGUUUGAUGGGAUCUAUGCGGGCAGCCCCGGGAACUGGUAUUCCCAUCUCGCUUUAUCGUUUCUCUGGAAUGCAAAAAAGACGUUGAAUGAGAGUUUUAUUCCGCAAGUUACGUUGGAUGCUAUCACCGCUGCGGUAUUGGAAGAGUGCGAUGGACUUGAUGGGGUUGAGGAUGGGUUAGUUGAGAAUCCGUUGAAGUGUGGGUUUGAUAUCAACACCAUGGCUUGCAAUGCGAGUUCAACAAAUACUAGUCAGUGUCUUACGGAGGCGCAGUUGGAAGCUGCGAAAGAGAUUUAUGCAGGUCCAACAUCGACAAAUGGAUCGGAGAUCUACCCCGGUUUCUCGUUAGGAUCGGAAAGCAGUUGGUUACAACAAGAAGGUUCCCUUGCGGACGCAUUCUCGAUUCCGAUUUUGCAGAAUGUCGUAUUUGAUAAUCUGACAUAUGAUUUUAGAGGGUUUGAUUGGGAUAGGGAUGUUGAAGCAGUGGAUGAGCGAGUUGGACAGUACAUCGACGAAAUUUCCCCAGACCUUUCGACUUUCAAGAAUGGUGGCGGGAAAUUGCUAGUAACGCAAGGGUGGGCGGAUGCGUUUAAUGCUGCAAUAUGGCCGAUUCAACAUCUGCAGGAUAUCGAAAGUUUCUUCGGCGAAGAUGUUUCUGAUUUCUUUAACCUGUUUAUGGUGCCUGGUGGUGGACAUUGUGGACAAGCGGAAGCGUUUCCGCAAGCUCCGGGGACUUAUCAUGUUGUUGAUGCCCUGAUUAAGUGGGUGGAGAGGGGGGAGAAGCCGGGGAGUGUGGUGAGUACUGAUGGUGAUGGUGGGAGUAGGUUGCUUUGUCCGUGGCCGCAGACGGCGACUUGGUUAGGAGGUGAGGUUGGCAGGGCGGGGAGUUAUGUUUGUGAGAAUUCGUGAGCAGGACUGUAGAUCUGUAAUUAAAAUGACACGAG